AGGGGCAGCCUAUAAAUGCAGGGCUCACACCGAUCUGUCAAACCCCUCUGUGUGGCUCCUCGGUGUGGACAGAGUGCAGGAAGAUGGCGGAAUUGUCGGAGUUGGAGAGGAGCAUAGAGACCAUCAUCAACGUCUUCCACCACUACUCUGUACGGCUGGGGCACCCAGACACUCUGAACCGGAAAGAAUUCAAACAGCUGGUGCAAAAAGAGCUGGCAAACUUCCUCAAGAGUAAGAAGAAGGAUGAGAAAGCCAUAAAUCAUAUCAUGGAGGACCUGGAUACAAAUGCAGACAAGGAGCUGAACUUCGAGGAGUUCUCCAUCCUGAUCGCCCGGCUGACGGAAGCCUCCCACGAGAAGAUGCAUGAGAAUGCCCCCUGUCCAGAAGGCCACAGCCAUGGGCCAGGCCUUGGGGAAAGUGGCCCUGGCCACAGCCACGGAGGCCAUGGCCAUGGCCACAGCCACGGAGGCCAUGGCCACAGCCACGGGGGCCAUGGCCACAGCCACUAAUCAGGUGGCCCUGCCACCCUGCCUCUGCUCAACUAGGGCCAUAGUGCUGUGUGCCACACUGCAUGAGCUGUGGGCCUGGGGGGUAUGGGAUGAAAUAAAGUCAUCCUCCAAGCCA